UAUAAAGCCUGGCUGAGUCAGAAAGAGAGAGAAGGGGGGGGAUAGAGAAAGAGCGAGAAGCGGCAGAUCAGGUGGGGAGCUGCGCUGCUCGGUUUUCGCGCCGUCAACUUUCCCCCCGAAGUGCUGGCCAUCCUUCUUGGGAGAAGAAGAAGAAGAAGAAGGAGAGAGCGCGAGGAAGGAGAAGCAGGAGGAGCGCGAGGCAGGCAAACAGGAAGGCACCCGGGCCGGCCUCCCGCGGCGCGUGCUCGCUCUGCUGUGCAAAUUGCCCGCUCGAAACCCCUCCCAAUGGGGGAGCCGGGGUUGGGUUGAGCAAAGGGGAAGGAGGAGGAGGAGGAGGCGAGAAAACACACACAGAGAGACAGACUCAAAGGCAGCGUCGGGAGCGCGCGGGCACUGGCUGGCUAGUACCUACCUAGCUAGCUGUCGAGUCUAGGCCCCGCCCCCCGCCGCCCUGAUUGGCUCCGCCCGCCCCUCGCGCGCCCGCCCCGCCAGCUAAAGCGCCCAGCCUGGGCAGCGCAGGCGGAACAGAACAGAGAGGAGAAGGGAGCAUGGUCUCGACGCCGCGCCGCCAGCUGCAGACUCAGUCGCCUCUGCAACAGCCGCGCUCGCGCUCAUAGAGGCAGCAGCAGGAGCAGCGCCCGCGCUCAUAGAGGCAGCAGCAGGAGCAGCCCCGGCCUUGGUUGCAGCAGCCAGCAAGCAAGGAAGGAAGGAAGGGGAGAAGGAGCCCGGCUGCAAUGCUGAAGCCGCCUCCUUCUCCCUCUCCUCCUCCUCCUCCUUCUCCCUCUCCUCCUCCCGGGCAUCCUCCUUCUCCGCCAGCCUGAAGAAGACGGAAGACAGCUCGCCCGCCAAGGACACGCGUCCCAUUGACGGCCUGCCUCCCUCCCUACCCCGUCUCCAUCAGCGCAAAGGUGGUCUACUCUCAGAGAAAUCUGCUGCUUUAAAUGUAAGGAGUGUGGAGACUUGGGGUUACAUUUACUUCAAGGGAAAGAAGUACAGAUUCUGAAGACUACAAGGUCCUCUCUGAACAUCUCUGUGGCAAGAGGUGGAAGCCGCCUUUGGCCGAGAUGUCACGGCACCACAGUCGGUUUGAAAGAGAGUAUCGCAUGGGAUGGGACCGCCGGGAAUGGAACACGAAUGGAAACCAUGUGAACAACAAUAACUGCAGUAGCACGGUGAACAGCAAUAGCAACAACAGACCCGGGCUUCUGCCUGUGCCAAUUGUGCCCUCACGACUACAUGCUCCAGCCACUGUUGCUUGCACCACAGUGAACAGCGAUGUGAUAACUACUCUUGUGGCCAACACUCCUGCGUCCUCAACAACCAAAACGCCUUGCAUAUCCAAGACAGAGAAUCAGCCGCAAGGAUUAGCAACCAGUGUCAGGUGGGGACAGACGCCCAUCAACCAGUCUACGCCCUGGGACACAGAUGAGCCACCACCUAAACAGAUGAGGGAGACGGAAAACCCAGGUACAGCUCCAUGGGUCACAACAGUUGCAGCAGGUAGCCAGCCAACUCUUAUAACUCAUUCUUAUGGGAUGACUCAACCUCCGACCUUCAGCCCAGCAGUGAACGUCCAAGCCCCUGUCAUUGGAGUUACACCCUCACUCCCUCCGCAUGUUACCCCCCAGCUUCCUUUAAUGCCAGCUCAUUACCGGCUUCAGCAGCAGCCUUCACAGCCGCUGAGUAACAUGGUUGUGAACCUGCAAAGCCAGCCUUUGUACACUAACAGCCAGCCCAUUGCUAUGUCUUCUAUGACUGGGGUUGGCCAGGUGACGCACCCAGGCCACAGUACGGUAGGGAACGGUCACAUGACUUGCCCUAUUCUGCCUCCGCCACCGCCAGCUUUGCCUUCGGCCGCCCUACCUAAUAGUGUUCCAGCUACCAAUGGGCAGGCUGCUCCUCAGCUUCCUCCUAACCAGAUGGGGAGCCCGGACAACACAAAUGGGGUGCAGAUGCUACGGACUGUUGGUGUGGGGAAGUACGAGUUCACAGACCCUUGGCAUCCAAAAGAAAUGUUGAAGGAGUUGAACCAGCAACGCAGAGCGAAAGAGUUUACAGACCUGAAAAUUAUUGUUGAAGGCAAAGAGUUUGAAGUCCACCAAAAUGUUCUAGCUUCCUGCAGCUUGUAUUUCAAGGACCUGAUUAAAAGGUCACUUCGGGACAGUAGCAGAAUUGGUGAGAAGCUGGAGCUGGAGUUACCGAAUCUCACAGUGGAUGUCCUGGAAUUACUGCUGGAAUUUGUUUAUACAGGUUCCUUAGUAAUAGAUUCUGCCAAUGCCAAAACACUCCUGGAAGCUGCCAACAAGUUCCAGUUUCAUACAUUUUGCAAAGUCUGUGUAUCUUUUCUAGAAAAACAGUUGACUGCUAGCAACUGCCUAGGAAUAUUAGCCAUGGCUGAAGCAAUGCAGUGCAGUGAACUAUACAACAUGGCGAAGGCCUAUGCGUUGCAGAUUUUUCCAGAAGUGGCAAAUCAAGAGGAGAUUCUUAAUAUCUCCAAGGACGACUUCAUCUCUUACAUGUCCAAUGACAGCCUGAACACGAAAACGGAAGAGCUGGUUUAUGAAACGGUGAUAAAGUGGAUUAAAAGGGAUGCUGCAAUCAGAGCCCAGUACGCCGCUGAGUUGCUGGCAGUGGUCCGCCUUCCCUUCAUCCAUCCCAGUUAUCUCCUAAAUGUUGUUGACAAUGAGGAGUUGAUAAAGUCUUCAGAGGCCUGCCGAGAUCUGGUGAAUGAAGCAAAGCGCUAUCACAUGCUGCCGCACGCCCGACAAGAGAUGCAGACUCCAAGGACUCGUCCCAGGCUAUCAGCAGGGGUGGCUGAAGUCAUAGUCCUAGUUGGAGGUCGUCAAAUGACUGGAAUGAAUCAACGAGCCUUAACAGCAGUAACAUGCUUCAACCCUCAGAACAAUAAAUGGUACCCCCUGGCCAGCCUGCCUUUCUAUGACCGGGAGUUUUUCAGUGUGGUGAGCGCUGGAGACAAUGUCUACCUCUCAGGUGGUAUGGAGUCUGGAGUCACACUCUCUGACGUCUGGUGUUACAUGUCACUACUUGACAACUGGAAUCUCGUCUCCCGAAUGACAGUUCCAAGAUGUCGACACAACAGCCUGGUAUAUGAUGGGAAGAUUUAUACCAUUGGAGGCCUUGGUGUAGCAGGCAACGUUGAUCACGUGGAGAGGUAUGACACAAUCACCAAUCAAUGGGAGACGGUUGCACCUUUGCCAAAGGCAGUGCAUUCUGCAGCUGCCACAGUGUGUGGUGGGAAGAUCUACGUUUUUGGUGGCGUCAAUGAGGCCGGGCGCGCUGCUGGAGUGCUGCAGUCAUAUGUACCUCAGACAAACUCAUGGAGUUUUAUAGAAUCACCCAUGAUAGAUAACAAAUAUGCUCCUGCAGUCACUCUCAAUGGUUUCAUCUUUAUUCUUGGAGGAGCUUAUGCACGAGCAACCACCAUCUAUGACCCAGAAAAAGGCAAUAUUAAAGCAGGCCCCAACAUGAACAACUCCAGGCAAUUCUGCAGUGCUGUGGUUCUGGAUGGGAAGAUUUAUGCCACCGGUGGGAUUGUUAGUAGUGAAGGACCUGCCCUUGGAAACAUGGAAGCCUAUGACCCCAAGACGAACACAUGGACGCUUUUGCCCAAUAUGCCAUGUCCUGUGUUCCGACAUGGCUGCGUAGUAAUUAAAAAGUACAUUCAGAGCGGAUGAUGCCAACCAACACUUGCAAUAGCAGACUCUCUGCGUCUUGCCCAGUGGAGGCAAGAACACGAAACUGUCCUGGAGAGAAACGUCAAGGAGGUGCAACUGACAAACGUCUUGCCUAAACUACAAAUAAUCUCUACAUUGAAUGUAGAAAAUCUUCCUCACCUUUGGGUGAACCAGGAGCGGAGUGCUCCACCAUAUGUGCGAGUGUGGCUUAACACAAGUGUGCCACUAGAUGUCAUAGUGGCGCUAGUUACAGAAAUAGGUUUUCGGUCUACCCAGGUGCAAUAGCAUUUCCCGUAUAUUGUUUUAACUAGGGGGCGAAACAGAUCCCGUGUUAUCACUCCUCAAGAGCAAGUCAAACUCUUAAAUUUAACUUUGUCAAUUUAGGCUGUGUGGCUACACAUUAAGCAUUGGGCGAUCCGAAAUGAAGGUCAAAGUGUCCUUACCACUUUGAUUGCAACAUGUUUGUUUUUAACCCUUUUCAAUACCAAUGACUGAGAGAGAACUUCUGCAACAGACUGCAUAGAUCCAAGUCAGUCUUCCACCCGAGAACACGUUUAUUACAGCUCCUUAGGGCAGAGCUAAUAUAAGAUAGAAGUGUGUCUGUCUGUCUACUAGCAUUCCAUGUCCUUUUAAUGAAAAGGUUUUCUGAAGUUGUAUGCCAAUGUGAAUGUGUGGUCGUGAGGAGGGCUUGUUUCUGCCUUUCUACUGUUUUUCUACUGUAUGGGUAAAAUGACAACUACGUUUCUGUAAAGCAAGAGGCAUCUAGGAGCUUUUAUUAAACUUUUAUUUAUCUAUUCAAAGUUUAGAAUGAAAAUUCUGUGUUGGAUUUCCAUAUUUUGAGCCAGUUAUUUAAGGCAAUGCCUUGUGGGGGACGGGAGGUGAGAUCACCACUGAGUGAUAGUCCACUACCCAGGAUAUAUGCCACUGUCUAUAUUUUUGUCAAGAUUAAUCUUUUAAAAAUCCUAUUUUUUCAAACCCUACUGCUCUGCCGCUUCCCUUUCCCAAGUGUAAGAGGAAGUCUUAAGGAAAUGGUCCCUCCUCAAGAGGUUUCAGCAGCUGCUUUUCUAAGAAUAGAUGCUUUUACAGCUCCUCAGUACACAAGUUUAACAACAAUAAUUGAAAAUGUAUCAGGUUCUAUCCUGCUUUACAGAGAAGAAGCGACGGGGAAAAGGAUAUUGUGUAGAAUUGUAAAGUAUAUUCACAGCAGGGCUAUAUUUUUGUAUGUAUAUUAAAAUAUUGUAUAUUCAGAGAAGCAUUGUGAUGUGAACAUUUCUUUACAAAUGUGUAAAUGGAGCAGAUCAGAAGGGACAACAGGAUUACAACGGUAAUGACAAACACCUCUGAGGAUUAACCCUGAGCUACUGAGUGAUCGCUGGUUUUCAUUGCAGCAGCAGAACCAAGUGGAAAUACCUGUCUUCACAGAACGUCAUCAUGGCCAUUAGAAAGACAUCUUAAUCCAUCUGAAGUGCUGCAUGCCAGAUCCAGGGGAGACAGAAGGCAAUCCUAGUUUCUCUAUAUAAAGUCUUAGCCAGAAUUUCACAUACAGAAGUCAUUUUUUAGGAAACUAGAGAUUUAAUGGAGCUAGUUAUUGUAACGCUCCACAGAGUUGCUGCCAAAACCAAUAUUCCUUUGGUGAGACCUAGGACGCUCACUGCUCAAAAAAAAGCAUCAUUUGGUAAUUCCUGUUGUACCAGGACACUGGCUGGCACUGACACAGGCAAGGAAACUCACAAUACGAUGGCACCUAAACACAACAAGGGCAAGGUACUCUUUCUUUGCAGGAACACUUCCAUGACUGGUGUACCCUUUGCUCCCAGUGUUACUCCUGUGUGCAAUAGAUGCGACGCCAGUCCCAGCCCAUCUCUUCCAAGGAAGUUUGCUUAGAAUCACAGCCCUACUCUGGCUUUUAAGGAGCCAGUGAACAGCAGCCAAUGGCUAGUUGAUUUUGAUACCAAAUACAUUUUCUUUUUAAAUUGGAAAUUUUUGGAUAAACACAUCACAGAUGGCUGGCCAAUCAAAUCAUUUUGUAAAGACUAAAUUUAUACAAAGCAGAGGUUGAUCUAAAAUUUGUAUCUUGCCAUAUUUCAAAAGAACUACAUCUAAUAGGCUGGAAUCUCGAUGACUAGUUGACUCUCUCAAGGGCAGCCAUGUUCAAACUUACAUUAUACAAUUUGGUCUCAGCCUUCGCAAGAAAAAAAUAUGUGAAAUAUUUUCCGCAAACAUGGUACAAAUGUGAUCCCAAAAGAUCGGCACACAAGUUCCUCACUGCCCGGGGCAGGUUGAAUUUUUUAGCAUUGUUGUGGGUCUGCCUCCAAAGGAGAUGCUAGCUUGGGAGCAUUGUUAAGCAUUCAACAGCUCCAAAAUUAUCCUCUUUCUUCUUUUCUUACAUUGGAGCAAAACUGGCUAUUUCUGUGAAUACUAAAUACACAGGGUUUUCUGUAAUGAUAUUGUAUAUAUGCUUACUGUUAAGUUCUUGUUAAAUAAAUCUAUUUCUAGAUCUAGA